UUCAGGCUCGUGGAGAGAUACGGCGUGGGUAGCUGGGGCAGGAUUGCCAGCCAUCUAAACGAGCAAAUGGGUUGGCCCGAGACGACAGGCCGUCGGAAAGAAGAUUGCCGUGACCGGUGGGAUAACUAUCUUGAUCCUGCAUUGGUGAAUGGUCCCUUUACUGAUGCCGAGGAGGCCAAGCUGGUUAAGGCCUAUGAAGAGGUCGGGCCCGAGUGGCGCUUGAUUGCGGGCUGCCUUCUGGGCCGCAGCCCUAACGCAGUGAAGGUGGGACGAUGUGGUAAGCUGCACUCUGAAAACAAAUACGCUAAUGUUACUUAA